AUGUCAAAACGCCAAAAUGAUUACGAAACCAUAGAAAGCAAUGACGACAGCGACGGCCAAGAGUCCAUCAAUCCUCGCCACGAUCAACUCAAGUCUCAUCCCAAAUUGUGGGCAGCCAUUGGGGUCAUUCAAACACUCAUGACGGCAGGAAUCAUUUUUGGAUGGGCGUCUUUUUUACCUGUGCUUCGAGAAGAAGGAGUCGAUUUUACACCCCAAGCAUUUUCGGUCAUUUUCACGGGAGGAGCCGUGGGAAACUACAUUUCCACACUCUUUUUUGGACUCAUUGUCGACAAGUACGGACCCCGUGCCACGGGCAUUGUGGCAUCCAUCCUCUAUGCAAUAGGAUUGCUGUUUUGUUCUCUGGUGCACAAUUACGUUUGUUUGGCCGUGGGAUUUGCACUGCUCGGAUUUGCCGGACCCGGUAUUCAAAUGCCCACACUUCAUCUCGCCAAUCUAUUUACAGCUGGAGCAUCCAGCAACAACAAUGAUGACGACGACAAUAAGGAAUCAUCGGAAGAGAGCAGCGGAGGUGGUGCCAUCUUCAUGUCUGCUCAGGCGGCUGCAUUUGAUGGAGGCACUGCCAUUUUUGCCAUUCUACGGGUCCUCUUCCAGGCCACGGGGUUGUCCUCGACUACCUUUCUGAGACUCUAUUUGGUGGUUCCAGCAUGGGUAUUCCUGACUUCUGUCUUUGUCUGGCCCGAUGAAAUUUUGGAAGAUGAACGGGUCGAAAACAGUGAUGAUGAUAAUGAACCAAAGCGACAAUCCUAUGUCGGUCCAGGUUCUCCCUACAUAUCUCCCAAUCGAAAACGCAAGCCGCCAACUCCCACCACCCUCAUCAAUGCCCCCUUGAGUGUCGUAUUGAGACAUCCCGCAUUUUGGUCGCUGGCUACUUGGGUUUCCAUUCAUAUUCUCAAACUCAACUUUGUCGUCGCAACCAUCAAUGAUCAACUCGAGGAUCGCGUCGAUCCAGAAGUGGCCGCACAUCUCAUUGAUGUUUUUGGAGCCAUGUUGCCCUUUGGGUUUGUCGUCUUGCCCAUUGUCGCGACCUUUUUGGACAAAUCCGCCACUCUGGCACUCCAAAUGGCCAACAUUGUGGGAAUGCUCUACGGAGCCGUCAUGGUAUUCGCACCCGGCAGUCGAUGGUUGCAGACACUGGUCGUAUUUCCUGCCGUGGCAUGUUCUCGACAAUUGGUCUACUCCACCGUCUUUCAUCAAGUGGGACAGCUCUUUGGGUUUGCCAAUUAUGGGACUCUGUUGGGCUUGUGCAACCUGCUCGUGUCGACUGUCAGCACCGUCCAAACACCCUUGGUCAAUUAUGCCGAGACGGUGGGAUCCUACACGGGAUCCAACAUGGUCUUGUGGUUGGCCACCUUGCCACUCUUUGUCCUUGUCUUGUGGUCCGAUCCAACAUCUUCCUCCUCCUCGUCGUCUCCUCUUGGUGCGCGCAAGGGGGAACGUGCACCUCUUGCCAUGGAUGACAGUGAAGCCGAUCAUGUCAAUAAGAAGCGAUACAGUUCCGUGUUGGGAGAACUUUCUGUGUAGUUAGAUGAUAGACAAUUUUUCUGUGUUAGAUCUUUUUUGAGUUUGUUGAAAAAAAGAUACUAUAUAGACUAAUGAGAGUCAGAGAGAGAAAUCAAUGACUGAGA